ACAACGAGUGACGAAUAGAGUUUCAUUAAACUGACGCGAGCUGGAACACUUGUUGACUUGAAGAAGAGAGUCUAUCAACACAAUGGCAUCCGAAGGCAAGCCCGUGUCCGAGGCCAUCACCAAGUUCUGUCUGGCUCUGCUCAGCAAGCUGAGCAAGGAUGACAGCACCGCAAAUCUCUUCAUCUCACCUUUCAGCAUCUCUUCGGCCCUGUCUAUGGUGAUGCUGGGGGCCGCGGGCAACACGGCCACACAGAUGUCAAAGGUCCUUUGCUUCACUGAAUCAGACAACGCAGGAGCACAACGUACACGGAUGCUGCCGAUGCAGCAGGUGCACGCAGACAGGCAGGCGAGGAUGCAGAAGCAGUCACAGAUGCAAGCGCCUGUAGGCACCAAACUGCCAGGCUACCUGGUCAAGAUCCUGAAAGAAAAGAAUGGUGAUGCUGGCAAGACUGAUGAUGCUGGCAAGACUGAUGUUGCGGCCAAAACUGACAAGGUGGACAAAGCUGAUGAUGAUACCAAAAAGACAGAUGACGUCAGUGGCGGUGACCCCCAGCUCCAGAGUGAGCCCAGCAAGCCUGUCAAUGUCCCCGCUGGCUUUGCCGAAGUCCUGAGUGAACUCAACCAGAUUGAUGCUUCUUAUGCCCUCGAUAUUGCCAACAAACUAUACGGGGAGAAGUCUUACCAGUUUAUUGAGGCUUUUUUAGCAGAAAUCCAAAAGGAAUACAAAGCUGAGCUCGAGUCAGUGGACUAUCAAAACAAUGCAGAGGAGGCCAGGAUCAGCAUCAAUAACUGGGUGGAGAAGCAGACACAAGGUAAAAUCAAGGACUUGUUGGCCAAAGACGCAGUAAACGGCCUGACCAAACUGGUACUGGUCAAUGCCAUCUACUUUAAGGGCCAAUGGAACCAGAAGUUCAACGAGGAGGAGACUAUUGAUUCAGUCUUUAAAACAAGCAAGAACGAUACUAAGGAAGUGAAGAUGAUGCGGCUGACCAGUACGUUUCCUAUCGCUGUUGUUCCAGAGUUCGGUUGUCGGGUGCUUGAGAUGCCUUAUAAAGGAAAGGCCCUCAGCAUGCUCAUCCUACUGCCCGAUCAGAUAGAGGAUGACUCAACAGGCUUGGAGAAGCUGGAGAAGGAGCUGACCUAUGAGAAGUUUAUGAAGUGGACGGGUCCGGGCAUGAUGAAUGAAACUCUGAUCGAGGUGGGCCUGCCUCGAUUCAAGUUGGAGGAGAUGUUUGACAUGAAAGACAUCCUGGUCAGCAUGGGCAUGGUGGACGCUUUUGACCCUGUGAAGAGUGACUUCUCGAAAAUGUCUCCAAAACGCGACCUGGUACUGUCUAAAGCUGUCCACAAAGCCUACGUGGACGUGAACGAGGUGGGAACUGAGGCUGCCGGCGCCACUGUUGCUAUCGUGGCCGAGCGCGCUCUUGCUGAAUCGUUCAAGGCAGACCACCCCUACCUCUUCUUCAUCCGACAUAACCCCAGCGGUACUAUUCUCUUUGCUGGUAAAUUCUGCUCCCCUGAAAGCACUACUGCAUAAAUGUCAACGUAUCACGAGACAGCCUGCUCCCCAAAAACAUGCCUGUGUCCCGCUUGCAUAUUGUAUGUAUAUUAUUAUUAUAUAUUCUGUGUCUUUAUCAGCUCACAAUCUCUGGUCUGACUAAAGUUCAGGUGCUGCAUUUUAUAAUAAUGGAUGACGUACAAUAAAAACCCUUAUACUCUUUGCUAAUGAGAGUCAUUGCUAUAAAAAUACAGCUGUUUGUACUGAAGCCCUUCAGCUUUUCCCAGUUGCGCCCUUGUUCCUGUCUCGUUUUGUUUUUGUACCUGCACUGAGGUAUCUGAAGAAGAUUUUGUCUGCCACUGAAUCCAAACGAUUGCUAUGUCCAUAAAAAUGCAAUAAAGGAGUGUUGGCUGAAAACGCAA